AAUAUUGACAAAGAAUAUUCACGCGUUUUAAGAAAAAAGAAAGAUUCGAAAAAUCGAUUUUUGGUAACAAAAAAGUAUUAUCAUUAUUUGAAUUAUGAAUCAAAAUCUUGGCAAAUUUUAUCGGAUUUGUAUUGAAGGAAAUAUUGGUUGUGGUAAAACAUCAUUAUUAUGUCGUUUAAUCGAUCAAUUUGGUCAUCAUCAUAAUCAUAAUAAUAAUGAUUAUAAAAAAUUUAAUGAAAUUGAUCAAAUAUCAUUAGAUUUUGAUCCGAAUAUAUCGAUGAUUGUUACACCUGAACCAAUAAAAUUAUGGACAAAUAUUCCAUUAACAAUGGUUAAUGAUGAAAAUCAAAAAUAUGAAAAUCUUUUACAAAAAAUGUAUACAAAUCCAAAACGUUGGGCAUUUACAUUCGAACAUUAUUGUCAACUGACAAGAUUUAAUCAAAUGUCAAAAAUAUUCAAUGAAUUUGAAUUGAAUCGAAAAACAUUGAAAAAAGAUAAACAUUUUAUUCAUUUAAUGGAACGUUCAAUUUAUUCGAAUCGUUUUGGUUUUGUUGAAAAUUUUUCACAAUCUGGUGAAUUAUCACCUGUUGAAUAUCGUAUACUUGAUCAAUAUUUUGAUCAUUUACGUAGUAAACCACCAACAAUGGUCAAUUUGUUUGUCUACUUACGUACCGAACCAGAAGUUGUACAUGAACGAAUACGUAAAAGAUCUAGGCGAGAAGAAGAUGCAAUUUCGAUGGAAUAUCUACGAAAAAUACAUAAAUUACAUGAAAAAUUAUUCAUAGAAAAACCAGAUGAAAUAUGGAAUCGAAUCAAUUGUGCAGGAAAAAAAGAUCAAUCAGUUAUUGUUAUUGAUGGAAAUCAUUCAUUUGAUAUUGUUUAUGAAAAUUUUAUCGAUAACAUUCGAAAAUGGCUACAAAAAUCACAAAUGAUUCAUACUGAUGUUAAACAACCACCACCACCACCAUCACCGCAACAACAACAACAAAAACAGCGCCAUUAAUUUAUCAUUUCAUUUUCACUUUCUCACUUUCUUUUUCAUCAUUUAAAACUUUUGCAACAUUCAUGAAUU